GAACUUUGCGGAACUUUUUUCUGGAAUCUGCGCAAGUUGCCGUUGCGGUUGCCGUAUUUAAUCUUAUCGCCGAGCUCAAUGAGGCCAAAUACGGAGGAUCGAGAGCUCACACUACUAGAGAAUUGCUGGAUCGCAGCAAACGUCAAAAUGUCUCUCCCCAGAAAGAGGGGCGUAGACAUCCCUCAUGAUGUCGCGCAAGAGGCGUCUCGUUCGAAUCCCAAGCCAGUGCCCUCGAGCUUUUACCUACCGUUGAACGUGGCAUUCUACCUGUCUCUCAUAUCGAACGGUCUUGCUGCAGCUUAUGCGCCUAUUCAAGACUGCGAUGAGGUCUUCAACUUCUGGGAGCCAGCGCAUUUCCUCGAUCAUGGCUAUGGGCUUCAGACGUGGGAGUGGUCUCCCGAGUACUCUAUAAGGAGCUGGCUGUAUGUCUCAUUGCAUGCGGCCAUAGGGAAAGCCAGUUCCAUAUUCUCUCAAAACAAGAUCUCUCAGUUCUAUACCGUCAGAUUUGUGCUCGCCUUCUUCUGCGCCGCCUGUCAAACGAGACUAUACUCUGCGAUCUGUCGGAAUCUCAACCCGAGAAUUGGGCUCCUGUUCCUUAUGGUGGCAGCAUUCAGUCCAGGCAUGUUCCAUGCAUCCGCAGCUUUCCUCCCGUCUAGUUUCACCAUGUACACGUCAAUGCUGGGUCUCACAGCCUUCAUCGACUUUAGAGGUGGGCAAAAGACAGCGCAGGGAAUCAUGUGGUUCGGUAUCGGUGCCAUCGUGGGCUGGCCAUUCGCCGGGGCUCUCUUGGUCCCCCUUCUGCUUGAAGAAGUCAUUAUUUCGGCCAUUGCGGGAGAUCUCGCGAAGAUAACACUCGCUAUUUUGGAUGGCGCUUCCAGGAGCCUGCUGGUGUUGGGAGCGGAAGUAGCAGUAGAUUUCUUUUUCUUCCGGAAGGUCACUGUUGUCCCCUGGAACAUUGUUUCCUACAAUGUCUUCGGGGGUCAGGGUAGAGGACCUGAUAUCUUCGGCACGGAGCCGUGGACAUUCUAUAUCCGCAAUCUCCUCCUGAACUUCAACCUGUGGUUUAUCCUCGCCAUGUCGGUGGCGCCAUUACUCCUCCUGCAGGCAAUUUUCAGGCCCCACGCGACUUCGGUGCAGACACUGCUCCGGUCAGUGACGCUUGUCGCUCCGUUCUACGUCUGGUUUGCGAUCUUCACGGUGCAACCUCACAAGGAAGAAAGGUUUAUGUAUCCUGCAUAUCCUUUCCUUGCCCUGAACGCAGCAAUUGCUUUCCAUCUGGUCCUUUCGUAUAUCGGCUCUGGGAAUCCGAAGGAACUGAUCGGCCGAGUUCCAGCCAAGUUGAAGUUGGUAGUCGUGAUGUCCUUCGUUCUUGCAGCAGUAAACAUCGGACUUUUACGGAUUAUCGGUGUAGUUACAGCCUACAAUGCUCCUCUCAAGGUCUUCGAACCGCUGCACGAGCAGUCGACCGCGCAAUCUGGUAGUUCUGUGUGUCUAGGGAAAGAAUGGUAUCGAUUCCCGUCGUCAUUCUUCCUGCCAGAUGGCAUGAAAGCGAAAUUCGUGAAGAGCGAAUUUCGCGGUCUACUUCCAGGAGAGUUCCCAGAAAGCAAAACCAUAUGGGACGUUAUCAACGCAACAUCCGCCAUUCCAGCUGGCAUGAACGACCGCAAUGAGGAAGACUCUGGGAAAUAUACCGAUAUCUCCAAGUGCUCGUUCCUUGUAGAUUCGUAUUUCCCUGGCAGCACAGCCAGUGAGCUGGAACCCAACUACAUUCUGGAUGAAGCGACAUGGGAACCGCUCUCGUGCAAGAGCUUCCUCGACACUUCUCAGACGCCUACUCUUGGUCGUACGAUCUGGAUCCCCGAUUUCCCUUUUAUCCCUGCGCGCUAUCGUCGCCACUGGGGCCGAUACUGUCUGCUUAAGCGUCGGGAUGUGGACCCAGACUCGAAGUUUGUGGUCGAGUUUGACGUGUGGCUUUACCGAAACGGGAUAAGAAAUCCCUCGCGGUUAAAGAUGCACGCCUUCGCUUGUAAUGCCCGUAUUCAACGUCCUCUGUGCAAGGACAGCUUCUUUAAGUCAACUGCCUGUGCCCAGAUCGUCUGCCUUCUAUUGCUCUCGGUAAAUGAUGUUGAUAGUUCAUCGCCCCGUUUCAUAAUGGAAGAACUACACCAGAGAGUGCUGCACUUUGCUGGCAAUCUGCACAUAAAGGAUGUAGUCAUUGCAAUUUCUGCGAUAUAUGCCUUUGUCUGGUUAGUAUUUACUACGGUAAAGAAAUACCAGCCUGCAAAGGUUGCUCGACCGUCCACACCAGAUCUCGAGAAGCCAGGGCCCCGAGGCAGAUUCAAGGUUGACCGAAAGCCUGGAGAAUGGAUUCCGUCCGACUUCAAAAGACCAACUGCUUCUCCAUACCCCGAUUGGGAUGUACACAAGACCAAGCCGAUUCCCUACCGGCCAUUCCGUCAUGGACCAAAAUACUUUGUCACGAUGGGCUUGAGAACCAUGAAGUGGGAUGAAUGGAUCGAACUCGACAACCACUACCUGAAAUACCACGCCGACAAAGCCCGUCGCAUCAAGGAGCGCGGUUCCAAAUGCUGCAGGACUGCUCCUGAAGCGAUGGACGGCGCCAUCGAGCUGCUAGAAGAACUCGCCUCCUACCUCCCCGAACGCUACCCAACUCUAUUCAAGAAAACCGACGUAGGACUCGACAACAUCGUCACCGGCGAAUCCUUCAACAUCAUCGAACGCCCCCUCGCCGAAGACCCAAUGCAAAUCGCCGCUCGUCUCGUCCAAGACGACCUAGCGCUAAUGUUCGAAAAAGAAGACGGCCAAUACUACCUUCUCGCCGGCGCCGUCCUCCUCGCAGGCUUCUGGCGUCUCGAAGACAAAUACCGCAUGCCGCUCUCCGAAAUCCACACCUCAGGCGACGUCCCCCAAUACAAAGAAAAGCUCGAAAAGGGCAUGAUGAACUUCUUCCGUCGCAUUCGACCCGAAGACCCCGUCCUUCGCAACAACUACUUCAUCCAAGUAGACGACAGUCUUCCCUGGUCAUAUAGCAUUGGCUCCGAAGACUCCCCCGAAGUCAGCUGGGGAACCGCAGAGAAGAACAAAGCUAUCGAGCACCACUUCUUCCGCUCCGAGAGACAAUCACUACGACGUCUCCCUCGCUCUGGAGCCGUCGUGUUCACGAUCCGGACGUAUUUCGAACCCAUCACGAAAAUCGCUGAGGAGCCAUACGUGCCUGGUCGAUUGGCCUCGGCGGUUCGGAGCUGGGGAGACGAUGUGUCCAGAUAUAAGGGGAAGGAAAAAUACGCAGAUGUCCUGUUGGAGUAUUUGGAUAAGAAACAUGAAGAACAAGUUGCUGCGGGGUUGGAUGUGGAGAAGGAAGAUGAAGUGAGGAGUUAUCCUCUAUGAAAUAAGAUAGAUGAUGGUAUGAGGUAGUCGUUGUAUGGAAAUAAGAUAAGCCAGUCUUUAUUUAUGUCUGUCUGGCUGGGCUACGACUCAUGUGGAAAAAAGAAGUUUCAUAAGUAUUUCUUGUAGAUAAAAUGAGUUGUGAUAAAUUUACUUUCUCAAUAUCAAU